AUGGCGGCUCUGCUAGCGCCAGGCCGCGUGCCAUGCGACGGCACCGCUGGUGUUAUCUGGCUCGCUGUCGGCGUCAUGUCCUCGCCUUCGCACGAUCGGCAGCGGGUGGCGGUGCGUAGCACGUGGGGUCGGUCGCACAUAGCGGCCGUCCUACCGUGCUUCCUGGUCGGCAAGCUGGUCAAGCGUACUCCCCGUGCGCCGUGGGACAAGCGGCACGCGAGGGAAGCGGCCGAGCCGGAUGGCGGGCCCAAGGGCGAGCUCUCUCCAAACCCGGCCGCCCACGCGCUCGCGCUGGAGCACGCGCAGUUUGGGGACGUGCUCGUGCUCGAUGGCUCGGCCGAGAUCCACCAGGGCGGUACGAGUGGCCUCAAGACGCUGACGUGGUGGCGGCACGUCCGGGACAGGCUCCCGAAUGCGCAGUGGGUUGGCAAGUGCGACGACGACACGCUCGUCAACGUGCCUCGGCUGAUGAUGCGCCUGCCACCCGUCGAUCGCGCUGAGCCGCGCUCGCUCUUCGGAACCAUCAAGUGGGGCUGCUACUCGGACAAGAGGCUCAAGUGGGAGUCGUCGUGGCGGGACUGGCGGUGUGGCCGCACGCAGUUCGCGCGCUCACGCGCGCCCGGCGAGCCGGCCAACCUGAGCGCGACGUACGAGGGGCCGUACGAGCUCGCGCUCGGCUGGUUCUUCGCGAUGCCGCGGCGCAUGGCCCUGCUCUUGGCGGACUGCGCGUACGCCAACCGGUUCCACGAGCGCGCGCUCCACGCGACGCGAGAGCCGUUCCUGCGCAAGGAGGACGACCCUCUCAACGGCUUUUGGCUGUACAAGUGCCUGCGAGAGAAGGGCAUGCCACCCGUGCAGCCGCUGCCGUCGAUGAGAGAGCCCGAGGCGCACAACAUGGCCUGCAUCUCCUCGCGAGGCCUCUACCGCCGACCGAGCAACGCGUCCAUCGCAGUGCACUUCCUCAAGACGGUCUCGGCGAUGCGGUACGUGGCUGCGACGCUGCGCGCAAAGAGACAGCCUGCGAUCGCCGUCCCGCCCUCGCGCCGCUGCUGCAGCCGAAUGGUCUGGCCGAGUGAGCGAGCACAGCACCCUCUCGAGGCGUGCGAGCGGCUGCUUUCUGCCGAGGAAAUGGAGGCGGAGAGAGCUAUCGACGCUGCGGCAGAGCGCAACCGUCUCGGCCGCUGUCGCCGCGCAGAUCGGCGCGAGCAGUCGCUCGAGGGGCUCUACUGGCUGGCGGUGCUCAAGGGGAAGGCGUACACGCUGGCCGAGGACACGGUCGUCAACACCGACACCAUCCCCACGGGCUAUCUCGUGGUCAAGGCGCAGUGGCUCAGGCUCGAGCAACGCGAGUGCGAGGGCAAGCUUCGCUCCUACACGCUGCUCGAGGCCGAGACGCUCAUCAUCGUGAAUCACAUGGUGCGGCUGGCGGGCUUGCGCUUCUCGCCCGGCCCGGGCGGCCCUGCGGACCGCCAGCUGAGGAGCGCGCGCGAGAAGCUCUAUUAUAUUGGCCUACAGACGCAUUACUCGCUCGAGGCGUGCUGCAGUGAAGACCAGUCUUAUUGA